CCGCACUGCGGCACCGGGCCCGCUCUUCAAAGCGCGCGUCGCCAGCGGUUGAGGCUGCCGUGCCGGUGUCUCCCUCGGGCCGCCUCGCUGGGCGCGGGGAGCCGCUUCGCACUGCCGGGACAGGCCGCGCCGCGCGCUCCUCUCCCCUGCCACCUUAAGAGUACUCAAACCCAAACACUAAUAGUCUAGACACUGAGGAGCACAGGAUCAGCAGCUAAAGAUUCAGAAGACAAUGCUAGUAUAGAGGAAGGCAAGCAAGAAAAGCCAAACAGCAGUUAGACAGACCACACCAGAAAUGGAACCAGAAACUCCAGAGAAGGAGGAUUCUGCACAGCAGAAAGUAAGCACCAUGUCACAGCCAGACAGUGAUGCAAAUGAUGGGAGAGAAAAGGCUGAACCGGAAGAGAAAGCAGAACUGAAGGAAGCAUAUCAGCUCCAGGUAGCUGAAGAAAUGGCCAAGGAGAUUAAGAAGAAAAUAAGAAAGAAACUAAAAGAGCAGCUGACUUAUUUUCCGUCAGAUACUCUAUUGCAUGAUGACAAACUGGGCAGUGAAAAAAGGAAGAAGAAGAAGAAGAAAGUCCCCGUCCCUUCGAAACCAGACCCAAGUGCAUCAGACGUUUGUGAUAAUGCAGCUGAAGAUGAAGAAAAGAAAGACUGUCCCCUCAAAACUGUUACUCCAGGAUCUCACCAUGAUGAGGAAAUAUGUUCAACGGAACAGAAUGCAGAUGACAAUAAACCAGAGAAUAGAAAGCCCAAACCCAAAAAGACAAAAAAGAAGACUAAAGCAGUUUUGGAUGAUAAUGAAGAGAUGAAUGAUGAUGGUGUUCAUGAAAUCACAAGCCGAGACAGUCCAAUUUAUCCCAGAUGUUUGCUUGAUGAUGAUCUUGUCAUGGGAGUUUACAUUCACCGAACUGAUCGACUUAAAUCAGAUUUUAUGAUUUCUCACCCAAUGGUAAAAAUUCAUGUGGUUGAUGAAUAUACCGGUCAAUAUGUCAAGAAAGAUGAUAGUGGACGUCCUGUUUCAUCUUAUUAUGAAAAAGACAAUGUGGACUAUAUUCUUCCUAUUAUGACCCAACCAUAUGACUUUAAAAAGUUAAAAUCAAGACUUCCAGAGUGGGAAGAACAAAUUAUAUUUAAUGAAAAUUUUCCCUAUUUGCUUCGAGAGUUUGAUGAGAGUCCAAAGGUCAUCCUGUUCUUUGAGAUUCUUGACUUUUUAAGCAUGGAUGAAAUUAAGAAUAACUCUGAGGUUCAAAACCAAGAGUGUGGCUUUCGGAAAAUUGCCUGGGCCUUCCUUAAGCUUCUGGGAGCCAAUGGGAAUGCAAACAUCAAUUCAAAACUUCGUCUGCAACUCUACUACCCACCUACUAAGCCUCGAUCCCAGUUAAAUGUUGUUGAGGUUUUUGAAUGGUGGUCCAAGUGUCCAAGAAAUCGUUAUCCAUCAACAUUGUACGUAACUGUACGGGGACUGAAAGUUCCAGACUGUAUAAAGCCAUCUUACCGCUCUAUGAUGGCUCUUCAGGAGGAAAAAGGUACACCAGUGUAUUGUGAACGCCACGGCGAGACAAGUUCAGUAGACACAGAACCUGGAUUAGAAGAUUCAAAGGAAGUGGUAAAGUGGAAACGCCUGCCUGGUCAGGCUUGUCGUAUCCCAAACAAGCAUCUCUUUUCACUGAAUGCUGGAGAACGAGGCUGUUUUUGUCUUGAUUUCUCCCACAAUGGAAGGAUACUAGCUACGGCCUGUGCCAGCCGAGAUGGAUAUCCAAUUAUACUAUAUGAAAUUCCUUCUGGACGUUUCAUGAGAGAACUGUGUGGCCACCUCAAUAUCAUUUAUGAUCUAGACUGGUCAAAGGAUGAUCGCUAUCUGGUUACUGCAUCAUCCGACGGCACUGCCAGGGUUUGGAAGAAUGAAAUAAACAGUACAAGUACAUUUCGAGUCUUACCUCAUCCUUCUUUUGUCUACACGGCUAAGUUCCAUCCAACUACUCAAAAUCUGGUGGUUACAGGAUGCUAUGAUUCUAUCGUAAGAGUAUGGAUACUUGAUUCGAAAGACGAUGGUAUCCUAUUAGUCCGCCAGCUUGAUGCUCACAAGAGUUUUGUCAACUCUAUCUGUUUUGAUGAGGAAGGUUAUCACAUGUAUUCAGGAGACUGCAUCGGGGUGAUUGUUGUUUGGGACACUUAUGUGAAAGUGACCGAUCUGCACCACUCAGUGCGCCACUGGACAAUAAAUAAGGAAAUUAAGGAAACUGAGUUCAGGGGAGUUCCAAUAAGUUAUCUAGAGGUUCAUCCCAAUGGAAAACGUUUAUUAAUCCACACCAAAGACAGUACAUUGAGGAUCAUGGAUCUGCGGAUACUAGCAGCCAGGAAAUUUGUUGGUGCCGCAAAUUACCGGGAGAAGAUUCAUAGUACUCUAACACCUUGCGGGUCUUUCCUGUUUUCUGGGAGUGAGGACGGAAUAGUGUAUGUCUGGAACCCAGAGACAGGAGAACAAGUAGCCAUGUAUUCAGACCUGCCAUUCAAGUCAACUAUUCGAGACAUAUCUUACCAUCCAUUUGAAAAUAUGGUUGCAUUUUGUGCAUUUGGGCAGAGUGAGCCGGUUCUUCUCUAUGUUUAUGAUUUCCAUGUGGCCCAACAAGAGGCUGAAAUGUUCAAACGCUAUAAUGGAACACUCCCAUUGCCUGGCAUCCAUCAAAGUCAGGAUGCCUUAUGCACCUGUCCUAAACUGCCCUAUCAAGGCUCUUUUCAUAUUGAUGACUUUGUCAACACUGAGCAUAAUUCAUCAAGGAAGAUUCAACUUGUGAAGCAGAGAAUCGAAACUGUCACAGAGGUGAUACGAUCCUGUGCUGCAAAAGUCAACAAGAAUCUCUCAAUGACUUCAUCACUACCAGGCCCUGCAAGGAAGCCGCGGGUGAAACAGUCAUUUGUGCUGACCACUGAUGAGAUAAUUCAUCAGUUUGGAUUACCUCAGGCCGCAUUCAUCAGCAUGGAAAGAAGGCCUUUUAUGCGCCAAGUAGAUCCACCACCAAUGGCACAUCUGCUAGCACAGAGAAUGGGACCUCAAGGUGUAUAUAAAGCACUUCUAAGAAAUGGGGUGGUAGUGGCUCUUUAUGACUACACAGCGAACCGAUCAGAUGAACUAACCUUCCAUCGCGGAGACAUUAUCCGAGUGUUUUUCAAAGAUAAUCAUGACUGGUGGUACGGCAGCUUAGGAAAGGGGCAGCAGGAAGGUUUUUUUCCAGCUAAUCAUGUGGCCAGUGAAACACUGUAUCGAAAAUCACCUCCAGAGGUAAAGGAGCGAUCUCCUCCUCUAACUCCCAAGGAGAAAACUAAAACAGAAAAGCCUUCAGCUUCUCAAAAGCAGGCCCCCCAUCCGGACUGGUACCCGGAUUCCAGACUGGGCUCACAGUUCAUGGCACAGACUGAGAAGGGCAAAGAACAAAAGUGGGAGGACCGAGGACACAAAGCAGAUACACAGGCGAAGAAAACUGAGCCAACAGCCCGAAAAGUCACCCUGAUAGAGUAAAAACUUGGAAAAGAAUGAAGAAACAACCAGAUGAAUGGAAAUGAAAUGAGAAGCUAAGCCAAAUGGGUUUCUCGGUAGAUUUUGAAAGAAAAGAAGUAUCUACUAUUUAUUGACCUUAUGAAACAUCUGAAGUAAGGUUUGACUGUAAAAAAAAAAAUCACUAUGCCUCUGGGCUUAAUUGUUAUAAACCAUUGUGAGUAUUACUGGUCAAAGUAUUGUAUUUGUGCUAUUAGUAACUGCAUCAAAAUUAUAUUGCUGCUGUUGGGAAAACCAAUAAUAAAACUCCAGAACUGCUACUUGGCAAGCGUGAAUAAAAGUGUGUACAUUGUUAGCCUGUCCCCUAAGUCAUCAUCCAGUGUUACCUACCGUAUCUGUGAAGUAGCUGUAGCUGUGAUGCCCUGCUCAGAAUGCAGAGUCUGCUUUAAAGCUAACUGUGUGUGAAAGACAAGCAGCUUCUGAAUAGUGUAUAUUCAUACUGCCCCAGUAACAAAGGCAUUAAAAGAAACAAUUUGCCUGUGAUAACUAAAUGUCUAUGUUGCUUUGGAGUGAAUUAUGUGUAUAACUCAACACACCUAAACUAAGAGUGAUUUUGGAUGGACUAGCAAUAGUAUGCCAAAUUUAUUUCCAUUUCUAGAGACAGUUCACAUUUAAGCAUAUAAGUAACUUAUAGAUAUAAAUUGGUUAAUAUUUAUUUUAUUCUGAAUAUUUGUUUUUAAAUUAUUACACAGCAUUAUUUAUGUCUUUAUCUCCAGAAUAACAACACAGUUACCAUAUGACCAUAUGUUUUGAAGUUGGAUGUAACAGGGAAAGUCAUCCUUUGUGGUUUUUCCUUCCUUGACUCUUCCCUGUCUUCGACUACAUGAUAAGUCUGUCAGUAAAACAGUUGACCCCAACAAGGUCAAAGCCUGUGGUAAAGUUAGAAAAACUUAUUUACCCAAGUAGACAAUUGAUUCCAUUGAAAUAAGAAGUGAGAAAAACUGUGUUGAGCACUGAUGUGUAAACUUGUCCAGAUGUGCCAGUGUGAAACAGCUUCUAGUACAAAUAUAUUUGGCUCUUAUCCCUGCACAUGUUGUAGAAGCUUAAACAUGGUAAACAACGAGCCUGCAGUGCAGAGCCUUUGUAGUAUUGUUAUUGUUAAAAAGGAGUUUUCCAAAGCAUAGAGUGGCAAUGAAGCCCCCAACCCUCAGCCCUGAAGUCUCUUCUGCCAACGCCAGCCUGGCAGUGUUGUGGUUGUGUGUGUCUGUGUUCCGGGUAUUUGGGCCAGGCAGCUGAGUCACCGUGCACAUGCUUGUUUUCUGUCUCCUGAGUGCUGCUUCAGACAGUAAAAAAUAAAGAUGUAUGUCCCUA